UGCAAGGAUAGUUUCCUGCUGAAGAGAGAGAAGGGGUGGAACAUGAACACAUACGGUAUUAGCUGCAACGCUAUGGAACUGGAUGUUGCACAUUUUAUUUUAUUAGAAUUUUAGUUUUAAGUCAUUCAGUCAUCAUUUGGUGUAGUUUUAAAUAAAUGAAACGGCAUAGCAGAGGUAAUACGAGUAUACGGAGGUACAAGGAGGCUGAGGCUGCAUAAGAAUUGAGAGAGUUAAGAGUAAAAUGCCAUCUGUUUUCUGGAGGUUUUGGCCGGCGGUAAUCCUGGUCAUGCUUCCACUUGCACAGACUGCUGAAGAUGAGUCCCUGCUGCAGGAAUCCUGGAAUGAUUUCUGGCUGUUUCGUUUUUUUCUUAAUGUCUCUGGAUAUGCCUCAAUCAUCAUCCCAGGGUAUCUUCUCAUCCGGUACUACAAGAGAAAAAAUUAUUUGGAGACAGGCCAUGGCAUUUGUUUUCCUGCCAUAAAAAGCUGUGUGUUUGGGAGCGAGACUAAGUCCAGUCUCCAGGAGGACGUUUCUACAACAUUCAGAAAUGAGGCAACAGCAGCAUCUUCGUCUUCAGCCAAGCAAAUUAUGAAAUUACUGUUCUGUGCUGCUGGAUUACAGGCUUCGUAUCUCACAUGGGGCAUCCUACAAGAGCGAGUCAUGACUCAAACCUACGCAGCCACAGACACAGAGCCAGGUGAGAAAUUCAAGGAUUCCCAAUUUCUGGUUUUCAUGAACCGGAUCUUGGCAUUGACGGUAGCUGGGAUGUAUUGCACGCUUACCAAGCAGCCUCGGCAUGGAGUCCCCAUGUACAAGUAUUCUUUUGCCUCCCUCUCAAACAUCCUGAGCAGCUGGUGCCAGUACGAAGCCCUUAAGUUCAUCAGCUUCCCAACUCAGGUGCUGGCUAAAGCCUCCAAGGUUAUCCCAGUUAUGCUGAUGGGGAAGAUAGUCUCCCAGAAGAGUUAUGAAUACUGGGAGUACUUCACAGCGGUCCUCAUCUCCAUGGGUGUCAGCAUGUUCCUGCUCUCCAGCACCACUGACAAGCACCCGUCAACAGUCACCACCUUCUCCGGGGUGGUCAUUUUAGCUGGUUACAUUGCGUUUGACAGCUUCACAUCCAACUGGCAGGACAAUCUGUUUAAGUACAAAAUGUCCUCAGUACAGAUGAUGUUUGGGGUAAACCUCUUCUCCUGCCUGUUCACCAUGGGCUCACUCCUGGAGCAGGGUGCCUUUUUGGAGUCCCUCAAGUUCAUGAUCCGCCAUUCAGACUUUGCCUUUCACGCUAUUCUCUUGUCCAUCUGUUCGGCCUGCGGGCAACUCUUCAUCUUCUACACCAUUGGCCAGUUCGGAGCCGCCGCCUUUACCAUCAUCAUGACCCUGCGACAGGCCUUCGCUAUCCUGCUGUCCUGUUUCAUCUACAGCCAUGCAGUCACCAUAGUGGGUGGCCUGGGAAUAGCCCUGGUCUUUCUAGCCCUUUUACUGAGGGUCUACACUCGCAGCCGGAUGAAGAAGAGGAGCAAAAAGGCAGCCCUGAUUCCAAAACCAGUGGAGAUAGUGUAGGGAUGGAAAAAAAUAAGAGAGAAUAUUUUGGACAAAGGGUUUUCAAUAAAAGGGAUUAAAAUAAAAGGUGUUGGUGUGUUUAUACAGCCUAGUAGAGGCAGGGAAAGGGGACUAUUUUGUUUUUUCUUGUGUAAGUGGAGACUUUUUUUAUGUUUUGAGAUUGUUAACCUACCAUGCUUCUUAUCUGUAUCCCCUUAAUAAAUCGACAUCUUGGUUUUGUUUGGUACCAGCAGGACUGACAAGCUGU